GGCAGUUUUCAGUUUAGUCGGGCUGCUUUCUAUAAAAACCCCCAUCCAAGGCUGUUCUUUUUCUUUCUUUCGGAGUCGUACAGUAGAGAAAGCAAGGAUGUCUGGGCGCGGCAAAGGAGGCAAAGGGCUUGGGAAGGGAGGCGCCAAGAGGCACCGCAAGGUUCUCCGCGACAACAUCCAGGGGAUCACCAAGCCCGCCAUCCGCCGCCUUGCUCGCCGCGGAGGAGUGAAGCGCAUUUCGGGCUUGAUCUACGAGGAGACCCGCGGGGUGCUGAAGGUCUUCCUGGAGAACGUGAUCCGCGACGCCGUGACUUACACCGAACACGCCAAGAGGAAGACAGUGACCGCCAUGGAUGUGGUCUACGCGCUCAAGCGCCAGGGGCGCACCCUCUACGGCUUCGGGGGCUGAGGCUUCCGCCGCCAACGACACAGACGCACAAAAGGUCCUUUUAAGGGCCAC